GCACUGUCUGGUGUGAGCACGGAUUGUUCCCUUUGCAGCCUGUCACUGCACAGCACUGCUCUCACGGCUGCCAUGGCGUCUGUCAUACGGUUGCUGGAAUUGGUCUUCUUCUUCUACUUCUUCUCCCACAUCCCCAUCACUCUACUGGUGGAUCUGCAGGCCGUCCUUCCGUCCAGCUGGUACCCGGAGCAGUUGCUGGACUUGAUGGACUGGUACGUUGUCGCCUUUAAGGAUCAUCUGAUGAUGAACCCUCCACCCUGGUUUAUGAGCUUUGUGUAUUGUGAAGCCAUCGUGCAGCUUCCUUUCUUCCCGGUGGCUAGCUAUGCUUUUUUAAAAGGUGGUUGCCGCUGGAUCAGAAUUCCUGCCAUCGUCUAUUCGUCCCAUGUCGCCACCACAGUACUGCCCAUCCUCGCACAGCUUCUCUUUGGCGAUUUCCCGAAAACAAACGAGGUGGAUUCUCCAACACAACAGGAGCGCCUUACUCUAGUGGCCAUAUAUGCUCCCUACCUGGUGAUCCCAUUACUCAUUCUGGUCACCAUGCUGUUCAGUCCCACAUACUGUAAAGAGGAGAAGCGGAAAAGGAAGUAACAUGGCAGGGUCAAAGACUUCUUUCUACAUAAUCAUGGCCUGUGACUACAUCCAGUGUCAGGAACAACAAGCAGUGCUUACUGCAGUACGCAAUAAGAAGAUACUCACUGGA